AUGAACAGAGUGCAGUUUAACUCUGAGUUGACAACGAAGUUGAAUAUAUUCACCAACGCCAUAAGGUCGAGCAACUUGUACGCCAAUUCACAAAACAGCUUACUCUCUGUAAUGCUCGGCAUACCAGUACUCACAACUCUUUUCUUCGAGAGCAUACGAGACGGGAAACACGCUACAAGAGUCAUCGCGAGGGCUUCAAAGUCUCUCCAGUUGCUGAACGACGUCCAAGAUUUACUGCUCAGCGCUUCACUGGUCGCUUCAACACGUAUCGCAGGAGAGACAAUCAUUGAGAUCGCACAAGCCGCCAACGUGACAGUCUGGCAAGCAAAGCUCUCUAAGCUGCGCUCUUGCGUAGACCAAGUCAAAAUUAUCCACCACAAUUCAAAGAAGAUCUAUUCUGUCGAGGAGUUGAACGAAAAUCUGGCACUACUGACAGAGCCUGGACGCUGGACAAUCACAGGCGAGAAUGGAAUUGGAAAGUCAACGCUUUUGCAGGCAUUGGCGCUGCUGUUUGGGCGUAAAGCUUUUUAUCUUCCCGCAUCCCAUAAUCUAGCAUUCCAUGCGACGGGACUUUCUGAAGGACAGAAGAAACGAGCGCAAUUCUUGGAGAUUGACACUUCCUCAAAUUCAGCGCUAUUCUUGCUCGAUGAGUGGAAUGCGCCGCUGGAUGUGAAGACAGAAAAAGUAUUGGAUAAGCUUGUUGAUAGUUGGGCGGAGACACGGACUGUGAUGGAAGUAUUGCAUCGGCCUAUUAGAUGGAAGGAUACGUAA